UGACUAUUUUACAUCUUUUCGGGACACUACGUAGUGACGUUAAACGUGCUUUUACGUAAAACCGCGUACACUUUGUCUCUUAGACACCGUAGUCUAAGCUUGUUUUAAUCGUGUUGUUUUUAAUUUUAUUACAAUUUUAUCCUAAGUUAAGUUAGUUUUAAGUUUAGUCCGCCAUCUUGACUUUCUUGACGCUUUCAAAAUAACGAUCAAAACGCGCGUCGGUCGUAAGAUGGUCAGUAAGGAGCCGCCAUUGCAGCCAGUGGAAGUUAAGAGUAAGAGGAGAAGACGUCGAGCUGGCAACAGAGCAGGGAAGAGGCGUUCUAGGAAGACUACAGUGGUGGUCGCAGCAGUUGCGACGUUGCCGUCAGAAAAGUACUCUAGUCCUGUGAAGUGUGCUGUUCACGCGUUCCUGAUGAGAUACCAGAGUGCGCUGAGGAAGGUGCCAGCUCACCUGCCGCCGCGGGUACACGCUGGGCCGCCUUCGAAGAGGGUUAAACGGGUUUCUUGGAGUCACGACGAAAGCGGGUCGAUGAGCGGCGGCGGCGACCCGGCGGUUCUUGCCGUCGGGCCGGCGCGGCGGCCGCUCACCUACACCCGGGAACAACUGUUACGGCUACGACACUCGCCGCUCGUGAAGAAGGGGCUCGAGAUACCGCUGGUGGGCUGUGACGCGCUCGCGCUGGUGUUGAAAAAGAGGUCCGACUCGCCGAACGAAGAGGAUCGAGGGGCCAGAGGGGAUGCACCAGCCGAAAACCACAAAGGUGUGUACGGCCGCGAACGCGAGCGAGAGCGUCGUUCCGCCGACCCUCGCGAGCGUGUACGCAAGGAGAGCGAACCGAGCAGCGGCAUAGUGUUGUCCCCCCAACGACGAUCCUUUACCAGUGGUUGUGGGGCGCCUGCGGCCGCUGCCCCGCCUCCCCAUGUAGCCAGAACGAGGCCAGAGUCACCGCUGUGUCCAGCACCUGCUCAAGCGAAGCCUGAACCAGCGGGCCGCCGCAUAGGUUCCGGUCGAAUCAUGGUGCGGGACGUACCUCAUUCUGGUUGGGAGGAGGGCGACUACCGGCCCAGUGAACCCUACCGGCCUCGCGAGCACCGGCCCAACGGCGAUAGGUACGAGUUCGAGCGGCGUUCGUUUACCCGUGACUCCUACUCCUCUGAUAUUAAGAGGGAAAGGGAAGACCGAUUCAACAACGAAAAACAGAGAGAGAGGGAAGACAACCGCAGAUCAGGUGGUCGCUAUUCUCAACGACGGUUUGAGAAAGAAGAUGAACCAGAGUGGUUUAGUGGAGGGCCGACAUCUCAACAUGACACUAUCGAGCUCCGCGGUUUCGACGAGCCCACUAAAAAGAACGGCUCGACGAGUGGCAAAGAGACUGAGAAAUGGAACAACAACGGCGGUGCCAGAUCGCCCGGCAUCGAGCGGAGCGAGCGUAACGAGCGUAGCGAGCGCCCCGAGCGAGGCGAGCGGCACGAGCGGUGGCGGAGUGAGUCUACGUCUGAAACUGCACCAGUUGAAGACUCCAAUGAUACUAGCAAUGAUAAGGAUUCCGGCGUGGAAUCGAAGGCUGAGGAGCCGGCCGGCUCGCAGCCAGACUUCAACCUUGACGAAUUCCUCAAACUGGACUCCAUACCCGACGUACUCACGAAUGGUGGUGGUGAGAGCGAAGGUGGUAGUAGAUUCAGCCGCUGGUUCCGUCGUGAAAGUCCCACCAACGACUCACGCCAUUACGAGAGGCUACUCAAUAAUAUGGUUGACGACCUGGAUAACCCGUCGCGGCCGGCGCCCAGCGAGCCGAGCCACAUGUUCGCGCCCAUCGCGCCCGCCGCGCCGCCUUCGUUACUGGACCUGCUGCGCCGCGCCAACGCCAACUCGGAUCCGAGGCCCGCUGCCGAAAUGAACAACGUGGGCGGCAAGAUCCACAGCCUGGAGGAACUGGAGGCACGCCUGCGGCCGCCGCAGCCCGCGCCUCAUCCCGACCACGACCUGUCCGCAUUCAAGCGCCUUCUGGCGCAGGUGUCGGGCGGGCACGCGGUGCCGGCCGAGCAGCAGCCGCAGCCGCAGAGGCCGCCGCCGCAACCCAUGAGCCUGUUGCAGAUGUUGAACAAGAGCAUGGAACAACAGCAACAACAACAGCAGCAACAACAGAAGGCGCCACCGUCGCAGCCGCACAUCCCGCAGGAGUUGCUCUACAAACUGCUGCAAGUGCAACAGCAUCAGCAACAACAGCAGAGCGAGAUGAUGCCGCCGGCGGCUCCAGCACCCGCGCCGGGGCCCUCGCCCGCCGACAGGGAGCUGCUGCAGCGGCCGGAGGCGCAGGCCAUCAUACACGGUCUGAAAGCUGGCGAGAUAACGGUGCAACACCUAAUGCAGCAACUAGGAAACCCGGGCCUGCAGUCGCGACAUCGCGAAGUACUGCUUACGAUUUUACGACUUCACCAGCAGCAAAGACAGAUGGGCGGGUCGCCGCUGCCGGGCGUGGGCGGCGCGGCGCCGCACCUGGUCGUGCCGCCGCUGCAUCAGCCGCUGCGACUCUCGCCUCUGCCGCAUCCGAGUGUGCCAGCCCGCAUCCCGUCCCCCCGCGAGCUGGCGGCGCACACGCAGUGCAUCAUGCAGAGCGCGCUCAUCAAGAAGAAGCUGGAGGAGCAGAGGGAGAACUACCGCCGCCGCCACGACCCGCCCAAGGGGACACCCAUCUCCUUCACUCCCACCUCCGUGUUACGUAAAAUGACCGCGGACAAGGAAUCCGAUGCACCAAGCCCUAAACAGCAGCAGUGGGCGCAGCCACCCAAGAUGCCGCAAGGACGGCCCAUCGUCAAGGGUAACCAGAGCGGCGCAGCGCCACCUAUGGGAUACCCGCCGUCACCGGCAGACUACCAACACCAUUAUCAACAGCAGCAAAUGUCGGGCAGCGUGCGUCAGUUCAUGCAUCCGCAACAGAGGCAGCAAGUACCCAACUCGCUAAACAAUAUGAACAACAUGAAUAAUAUGAACAAUAUGACCCGCGGCAUCGCCGGGGGCACCACUCUGCACCAAUUGCUAGUCCAGUCCCAUCAGAGGAGUCUCAACGAACUAGGCGGCGUCGGCGGCACAGGUGGCGGCGACAACCAACUAGCCCGCUGGUUCCCCGAACUCCUCGCCCGCGCCUCGGCCGGCAAGCUGCCCUCCGUGCACGUGCCCAACGCGCUCUCACUCGAGGACCUCGAGAGACAUCACCACUCGCCAGCGCCGGCGCUGCGCAACUGAACAGUACCGGUAGACCCUUAUUUAAACGGCUCAGGCGAAGGCACUGUUCAUGAGGCUAAAAAUUUUGAAGUUCGAAUGGCUAACUCUGCAUGGACAGAAACUAAUACUCAUAAACGUUUACGUAAUUAAGCUAGUAAUCAUUUGUCCCUCUCCGACGUAUUCGUAUGAUGGAAAGAGACAAACGAUUUUUAUCGGCUUGCCAAAUUUAGUUUAUGAAUAAGAGGGUUUAUGCGUAAAUUUUAUCGUUUUCUUGGAAACUUUCGUAUUUGGCAUGCUUCUGUCUACCUCAACACUUGUACUUCAGAUAUAUCUGAGUGGCCAAGUCUCUGACAAAUAUCUGCACAUGCCGUGUUCAGAUUUUUUUGAGCACCUCUGCAGCUUCUAUAUAUUUGAUGGCGACUGUAUUGAGAUUGAUUGAAAUAGCAUAACACGUUCGUGCGUUUCCGUAAAUAUUAUGCACCCCUAAGCACUCUCAAGCAUGGAAUCUUAUGAAAAUAUAAAUUAUUCAAGUGGUCUAUUGUCAUUUUAAAGUUUAUGCAGAGUUAGCUUAGACGGACUAUAGUUUGAGCACCUAUUUUGUGAAUAAAAAGGAAAAUACAAAAAAUACGCGUGCGAGACGGUUGAAUAUAUUUUCACUUUUUAUCCUGCCCGCAACCGAUAAUAGUCAUAAAUUAUACUAAGAGGUCACUAUCAUGAUAUUCAUGAUAAAAACUGAAAAUAUUUACAGAAUUUUAACACUAGUUGCGCUGAAUACCAAAACAGUAGCGACAUCUGGAGUAAUGUUAUCCCAUUCUGGUAUCACAUGCCUUGAUAGUGGUUAUAAUACCUCAUUGUGAUCGGAUUGGACAAAACUCAUUCGUAAAUUGCUUUGAAACUGAGUUUUAAUUGUUCGAAACUUAAAUUGAUGUCGAAAUACACAAGGUGGAGCUAGGGGUACUAUUUCGAUCGAUUCGGGAAGUUCCAUGUCACACAAAACCUAAGAAAGGCACAGAUGUAGUGCGAAAAGCUUUUCCUUCGUAUAUUUCCGGAAACGUUCGUAUUUGUCAUGCUAGUUCAGUCAACGUCAGUACAUCUUGUACUGAGACUGACUGAAAUAGCAUGA